UCGAGGAUUUUGUAGACCUCUUAAAAUAUGAAAAAUGUAACGAACUUGCCUGCGUUUUGGCUUGAUUCGUGUUAAAUCGUGUGUUGUGUAUUUGAAGUUAUAUUGGCUAACGUUAGUCAGUUGGCUAUCCAGCUAACUUGGAUUGCGACUGAAAACGGUUCUAAAGCAUAGUGUGUUAUCAGUGCACUUGGCUAAUAAGCUAGCUUGCCAUUCACUUUGACUACGUAGUCGGCAGGGUGAGCUUUGUCGGGUUAUCUGAUCUUGCAGUAUUGUACCGGGAAGCAGCUUACGUAACUUUAACGUUUUUGUGGUAUGCAUCGAUACGGCAAUUUUCCUGCAUCACAUAUUGUAGUAGCUUAACCAGCUCGCUUUUUACGUUCAGACUUGAGCGGGCUGAUUGCUUCCCAGCUCUGUAGCCUGAUUCCCUGUAUCACGUUAAUGCUGAACUGGCACACGUGCAAUCCUGCAUUUAGAUACUGUUUACAUGUGUGGCGUACAAGCUUGUGCCAGAACUUUGAUUAAAGAACUACAGCAACCCUGAAAGGAUAACCACAGCAACGACGAGUUUGAUUGUUCUAUUGUGGGCGGAGGCGGUCCUGGCAACAGGCCAGGAGACGUCGGCUGCGUCCCAGUCGAGCCCCCUGCCCUCUCCGUAGCGGGGCCGCGUCAGCGAGCUGUUUUGUGACGUCACCGAAUGGGCCAGUGGGGUGGGGAGAGAAGACAGCGGGAGAUUCAAAACAUUGGCUGAGGCUUGCGUGAGGGGGUUUUGGAAGGCCAGCACAGACAGAACCGCGCGCGGGAGCAGGCGAGCAGGCGAGCAGGGGCAGACGCGAUGGGCCUGCGCUCGGCCCAGAAGAAGUUCUUCCCGCUGCGGGGCAUCGACGGCGUGGUGCGGCUGUUCGAGGCGGAGCUGCAGAAGGCGGAGCCGGACCUGGCGCUGCUCUCCCUGGUGCUGGGCUUCGUGGAGCACUUCCUGGCGGUGAACCGCGUGGUGCCGACCAACGUGCCGGGGGUGCGCUUCGAGCCGCUGGAGCCCGGCUGCCCGGCGUCCUGCUUCCCCGCCGCGGAGCUGGGCCUGCUCUCCGCCAUGUACGAGCGCUUCACCUCGCAGAUCCGUGGCGCCGUCGACAUGUCGCAGUACCGGCGGCCCGCCGGCGGGUCCAGCCGCGAGCUGGUGAAGAAGGUGUCCGACGUCAUCUGGAACAGCCUGAGCCGGUCCUACUUCAAGGACCGCGCGCACAUCCAGUCCCUCUUCAGCCUCAUCACGGGCACAAAGCUGGACAGCUCUGGGGUGGCCUUUGCGGUGGUGGCGGCUUGCCAGGUCCUGGGUCUGCGGGACGUGCACCUGGCGCUGUCCGAGGACCACGCCUGGGUCAUAUUCGGCAAGGGCGGCGAGGAGACGGCCGAGGUGACGUGGCACGGCAAGGGGAACGAGGAUCGGCGCGGGCAAACCGUCAGCGCGGGCGUCAGCGAGAGGAGCUGGCUGUACCUGAAGGGUUCGUACCUGAAGUGCAACAGGAACAUGGAGGUGGCCUUCAUGGUGUGUGCCAUCAACCCUUCUGUAGACCUGCACACGGACAGCACAGAACUGCUUCAGCUCCAACAGAGGCUCCUGUGGCUGCUGUAUGAUCGAGGAGAUCUGGACAGGUACCCCAUGGCCCUGGGCACCUUAGCAGACUUGGAGGACCAAGACCCCAUUCCUGGCCGGGCCAGUCCCUUGUCACUGCACCUAAAGGCCGUGAACGCCGCCAAGAAGCACUACAACAACGAGCACAUCUACCCUUUCAUGUUCCUGGCCGGGUACCACUACAGGCACCGGAAUGUGCGGGAUGCCCUGGGGUCCUGGGCCGAAGCCUCCUCCGUCAUGCAGGACUACAACUACUUCCGCGAGGACGAGGAGAUCUACAAGGAGUUCUUCGACAUCGCCAACGACGUGAUCCCCACGCUGCUGAAGGAGACGGCGGCGGCGGCGGAGAGCGGCGACGAGGGGGGCGGGGACAGGGGCGAGGCUGCCGAAAAGCAGGACCAGCCCCGGCAGGCCGCCCUCACUGCCCUCCAGGACCCAGAAUGCUUUGCGCACCUGCUCCGUUUCUACGACGGCAUCUGCAAGUGGGAGGAGGGGAGCCCCACGCCGGUGCUCCACGUGGGCUGGGCCACCUACCUGGUGCAGUCGCUCAGCCGCUUCGACGCACAGGUGCGUCAAAAGGUGUCCAUCAGCACCAAAGAGCCCGAGCCCCAGGACGACGACGACCAGUCAAGCGAGGACCCGCGGGAGGGGCGGAGACGGGGGCCCCGGCGGGAGUCCAAAGUGGAGGACCCGCCCCCGCCCGCGGCGCCGCCCGUGGCCCCGCCCGCCCAAACCGUCCCGCCCAAGAAGGUCGGCGGAGAGGGGGGCGGCCGCCGCCGGUCCGGCACGGGCGCUCGGGCCGGCGACCUGGAGGGGAAGCAGCGGGGGGCGUCGCCCAGCCCCACCCCCACCCCCCCGCCCCAGCAGCAGCAGCCCCCGACGCCGGCGGGGGCGGGGGGAGGACCGGUGGUGACGUUCCAAAGCGAGAAAAUGAAGGGCAUGAAGGAGCUGCUGUCCGCGGCCAAGGUGAACUCCAGCGCCAUCAAGCUGCAGCUGACUGCGCAGUCGCAGGUGCAGAUGAAGAGGCAGAAGCCGGCCCCCGCCGGGGACUACACCCUGUCCUUCAUGAAGCGCCAGCGCAAGGCUCUCUAGAACCUCCGUUCCAUUUUUGUCUUGUUGUUUAGUUUUUUUUAAAUUAAAUUGUUUUGGGCCGGUCCAGUUAUAACUGAAAAGAGGUACAUACGGAAUAUUGUGUCAAAUAGGUCACAGUGGGUUAAAACUUGAUGGAUUUUGAAAUAGUGAAGAAUGAGAAGGCCUCCUUUUCUUGACCCCCCCGAAGGACAGACCUGUCGAAUUAAUAAUACGAAUCGACGCGCCAACGUAGACCCCGCCUCGCCGUCGAAAUUGUUCGAAUGAUGCGUCGCGUCUGUGGUCCACGUUGGUACGUCAGAACCGAAUGAUAGCCUGGCUGGGCUGGUAUUUUUGUCAUGGUGUCGAAUGCGUGCGUCUCAUUGGUCAGAAUUGAGAUCCAUCAAGCCUCAGUCCUGCUACGCUCAUUUAGGAUUUCCGUACAGGUGAGAAACGUACUGCAAAGUUAAUAUUUAUAGUGUUCCACAUUGAGGGGGGGUUUGUCAUCUGACCUGGCAUUUGGCAUCCAUUUCAGGUCAUGCGUGCAGCCGUUAAAUAUUUAUCAUGUUUAGACUGAAUCUUUUAACCGGUCACUAUUUUCGUAUGUGCACACGUGAAGGAGCAUUUGUUUCAGUGCUUGCUUGGAUUGGGGGGGGGGGGGCCUUAAAUAAUGACAAAAUACUUCCUGUAACGCUCUAUCAGUUGCCUUAUUUAGAAAAUGUCAACAUUAAUUGUUAUACACUCAGCCUGGGUGAGUCAUAAUGUCAUACAGUCAGAAUGUGGAAAUGGAUUCCAGUAAUUCCAUUUCAGUGGUAAGACUUGAGGAAAACAAAUACCAUAAACAAACCGUAGUAUGAAUCUUUGGUCUGUCUAGUUCGUAUCCUGCGAAAGCGCUGCUCUUUAUCGCUUACUAGAGGUUACAUUUUUUUUCCCCCCAGUUCCAGAUUUUAUUUUUUUACGGAACAAAGUUUAAUUUGAGAGAAACUGGACUGGGAGGGUUGAACUACUGUAGUGAACUGCUUGUUUUCAUCGUCGACUUUUCAAACUGCUGCCUUUAAUUUUUUUAAAAUACUUUUCUUAGGACUUUCAUUUUUAAUAAUAGCAGGAACUACAGACACAGGGAAUCGUACAGAGGAUUAGAAAGUAGAAGUAGAUGGUUUUCUAUGUAAUUGUGGCAUAGUUGGCGUCUCCGGAUUAACUAUUGUUUAACUGUAUUGCCUUAUAAUUUCACUGAAUAUAAAAUAAAAUUAAUAUGAAAACGAA